AUGGAUAAUUUUGAAAACAAGUCAUUAUCGAAUGACACAGUGUUCGGUAACUGUAUACAUAGUUUUGUUAUUCACUAUGUGCCGGCCAUUAUUGUAGGAAUAGGACUAAUAGUGAACAUUUUAGCCAUCACGUCCAUCUGUCUCACAGGAAAAGUGAAGAUCCCGACUUACACCGCCAUUUUGUGUCUGGCUGUAUCCGAUUCGCUGGCCCUGGUCACCCGACUGGCCCGAGUCGAGGCGUGUGCUGUUUGUUCUCUGUUGUAUGGUGAGGAACUCUGUUCUGGCAAUAAAUCACGUGUGACAGCAGUACAGACGAUUUCCUCUAUACCUUCUUUUAUGACGUUACAUGGAUCAUUUUGUCAUGUGAUUCUUCUGGCCGCCGUACGUUACGUCAUCAUUGUCCAUCCACUGAAAGCUAGAGGAUGCCUAACCUCCGGGAAAGUGAUAGGAUUCUCUGGGGUAGCCUGGACUUUUACCCUUAUCGUCAGUUCAGUGUAUGGAAUUGCUUGCAUGAAAUAUCUAGAGGGCUUAUAUGAAGGCAAAGCAAAUUGGUUUAUGGAUAACUUUGAAGUAAUUGAUAUAAUUAUGUGUUUUUAUUUGUUCCUUGUCACCCUCAUACCACUGCUGUUGUUUCACAUUGCCAAAAGGAAAGUAAUACCCGCGACCUUGACCUAUCACGUGGUCAGAAUGAACAGAAUGGUUAUAGUGGUGGCACUAAUUACGGUCAUCAGUCUGUUUCCUCUGAUGUUGCGGAACAUUAUCUCUAUGUUAGGAUUGGACAAAUUUACGCAAAAACAAAAGGUGAUUUUCUUCAGUGCCAUACAGUUUAUUUAUUUCUUAAGACACGUGGUCAAUCCAGUACUGUACUUCUGGAUCAACGAAGUCCUAAACAAGAAAAGAAAUUACACGAAAUGCUGUCAACAUCCAGCUAGGGAUUGA